ACCCAAACCCAAUUACCCACUCUGGAAAAACCCCAAACCGGUUUUCAUUGACCCCGCUUUCUUCAUCAUCUCAGAUCUCUCUCUCUCUUCCUCUUUCUAUAUCUACAUACAAGAAUCUUUCUUCCUUUGUAUGUACAUACAUGUAGAUUAGGGUUUCGUUUGAUAUAUACUCCAGAAAAAUAAACCCCCCAAAAAAAAGUAUCUUCUUCAUUCUUCUUCUGGUUCGGCAAUUAAUGGAGGUCAAGAUCUCCGAAAUUUAACUUCUGGGUUGCUUCAGAUUUCCUGAUUUGUUAGCAGUUUGUGAACUUUUCCUUUCUUUGUUCACAAAAAAAGAGUAGAAAUUGCUAUGACGGUGGGUUCUGAGAGCGCAGCUGAGACUUCACCGACGUCAACGGAGGCGCCGCCGCCGAAGAAAUACGGAGUUACAAUGCCUUUGUCUCUGGCUGGGCCCUCCGAGGCAGAUCUUCAGAGAAGCGCAGCACUCGAAAAGUUCUUGAGGGAUUCAGGGUUGUACGAGAGUGAUGAAGAAACUGCUAAGAGAGAGCAGGUGCUGCGCCAGCUUGAUCAGAUUGUGAAGCUCUGGGUGAAGAAAUUGACCCGUCAGAGAGGUUACUCAGAUCAAAUGGUGGAAGAUGCAAAUGCUGUUAUAUUGACUUUUGGCUCCUACCAGUUAGGGGUUCAUGGGCCGGGAGCUGACAUUGACACAUUGUGCAUUGGGCCAUCUUAUAUUAAUCGAGAUGAAGAUUUUUUCAUUAUUCUGCGUGAUAUUUUAGUUGAAAUGGAAGAAGUUAGUGAACUUCAACCUGUUCCUGAUGCUCAUGUCCCUGUUAUGAAAUUCAAAUUUCAAGGGAUAUCAAUUGACCUUCUUUAUGCAAGUAUCUCUCUACUAGUCGUCCCAGAAGAUUUUGACAUCUCUGAACGCUCUGUGCUGUACAAUGUUGAUGAAGCAACAGUUCGAAGCCUCAAUGGGUGCAGGGUUGCUGAUCAAAUUCUGAAACUUGUUCCAAAUGCCGAGCACUUCCGAACAACACUUAAAUGUUUGAAAUUUUGGGCAAAAAGGCGUGGCGUCUAUUCAAAUGUCACUGGAUUUCUUGGUGGUGUAAAUUGGGCCCUUUUGGUUGCCCGUGUUUGCCAGUUUUAUCCCAAUGCAAUACCUAGUAUGCUGGUUUCACGGUUCUUUAGAGUCUAUACACAAUGGCGCUGGCCAAAUCCUGUGAUGUUAUGCCCUAUAGAGGAGGCUGACCUUGGGUUUCUAGUUUGGGAUCCUCGCAAGAAUCCCAAAGAUCGAACUCAUCAUAUGCCAAUAAUUACUCCUGCGUACCCUUGCAUGAAUUCUAGUUACAAUGUUUCACCAAGUACUCUUCGUGUUAUGAUGGACCAGUUCCAAUUUGGUAACAAGAUUUGUGAGGAGAUCGAGUUGAACAAGGCACAAUGGGGUGCCCUUUUUGAGCCUUAUCUUUUCUUUGAGGUGUACAAAAACUAUCUUCAGGUUGACAUUGUUGCAGCAGAUAAUUAUGAUUUGCUGGCUUGGAAAGGAUGGGUUGAAUCACGGCUUAGACAACUUACACUUAAGAUAGAGCGUGACACAAAUGGAAUGCUGCAAUGCCAUCCUUACCCAAAUGAAUUUGUGGACACAUCUAAGCCAUGCCCGCAUUGCGCAUUUUUCAUGGGCUUGCAGAGGAAGCAAGGAGUGCAAGUGCAAGAAGGACAGCAGUUUGAUAUUCGUGGAACUGUUGAUGAGUUUAAACAAGACGUAAGCAUGUAUUCUUAUUGGAGACCAGGGAUGGAUAUAUAUGUCUCUCAUGUACGUAGAAAGCAAAUUCCUGGUUAUGUCUUUCCUGAGGGAUAUAAGAGACAGCGGCUGUCUAGGAAUCCGACUCAGUGCACUACUACUCCUGAGAAAGAUGCCAAAUGCUGCAAGUCUCCUGAAGACAGGCAUCCAAAGAGGAAGCAUGAAAAUGAAACAGUUGAUGCGAAUUCCAACAGACUUGGGAAGCGGACCUCUGUUAGUCCACAGCGGAUUGGGUCUGCAUCUCCUGCAUCUGCUGGAUUAUCUCCAACAACAGGCAUAUGCAAGGAGUCAAAAGUCGAGCAUUUGAGUACUGGUGAUGUAGCAAGUUGUGUGCCUGGCAGUGUAAAUGAACAAUGGGAAUGUGCUGAAAGUGUACUUGUGUCGAGUUCCAAAAUCCACCUCUCUUGCGAGGGUAAUGUAAGCUUGGGGGAGCAAAUUUCACGGCUAGGGGAUGGAUGCCUAAGUGCAAGCAAUGUACUGGGAAGUGGCUUGCCUGACAAAUCGCAGCCAAAUAAUGCUCUCAAAAGGGUAAUCGAAGCAUCAAGAGACGGGGCAAGUCCAGAACCUUUGCAGGAGCCGGCAAUAAGGCACGUGUUCUUCACGACCUUGCAUUUUACGAUUUGAAAUAUGCUAUUGUUAUUUUUAUACUUUCUUUGCUGGUUUGUUUCUGUGAUUGGUCUGUAGCAGGCUGAGUCUGGAAUCAACAGCGUGAGUGUGGCUGGAGAACGAAUCAAACGAACGAACGAACGAAGCUCAUGAGCAGCAAGCAUGUCUAACGGAAAAGUGUCUACUGAUUAUGCUAGCGGACUAAUCUCCUGUAUAUUGACCUCGACUAUUUCUGCAAGCUCUAUUUUGAAUUGGGAGCCGGGUUCUACAAGAAUGAAGACUAGUGCAUUUCUAUAUGCUGCAAUUUGCAGUGGGAAGAGGCGAAUUAGUUGGUGGUUUUGGAGCCAUGGGUUCUACCUGACUUAUCAUUGAGAAUCUAAUGUCUUUUAUUUUCUUUUUUUUUUUCUUUUUAAGAAAAAGCAAAAAAAAAAAAAAAGGAAAGAAAGAAAAAAAAAAAGAAAAGAA